AUGCUUGGACGCUCGUUUAUACGCCGAGGAUCAUCUUGGUCUGCUGCUGUGGAGGCUGCUGCUAGGCUGGUGACACCAGCAGCGAUCUUGAAGGACCCAAUCUCACUGGUUUCACAUGAGAUGUCCCAGCUGGCGAACAACAUUGGACAGUUGAUUGGUUCUGGCCAUCCAACUUUGAACAGGAUCAGCGCAUAUUACUUUGAGUCUCAAGGUAAGAAAAUUAGACCGCUCAUUGUGCUGCUGCUCAGUAGAGCUCUGAGUGAGAUUCCAUUGGAACAAAGAGACCGUAUUAAAAUUGACACUUUGGACAUACCCGAGCAGCCUGUGUACGAAGGAACCAAAUCGUUGACUGCUCUGUUUGCAGAACAGGUGAAGGACCCGGUCGGUCCUCUUUCACCUUUAAAGAUACUCCAUGGUAUAAAUCCCAACGUGAUUCUCGAUCCAUUGACAAAACCUCACGAGUCUCUUCCGGAAUUUGACUCCAAGCGUGGUAUCCUUCCAAAGCAAAGACGGUUGGCUGAGAUUGUUGAGAUGAUUCACACUGCUUCGUUGUUGCACGAUGACGUGAUCGACAACUCUGACUCUAGAAGAAACAGACCUACAGGGAACAUUGCCUUCAACAACAAGAUGGCUGUUCUUGCGGGAGAUUUCCUGCUUGGCCGUGCCUCUGUGUCCAUCUCAAGACUGCGUAACCCAGAGGUUAUUGAACUGCUGUCGACCUCAAUUGCCAACCUGGUGGAAGGUGAGUUCAUGCAACUGAAGAACACCGUGCUACAACCAAACGAAGAUAUGAUUGAAGAUGACACCAAGGAGAUUCCAAAACCAACAGGUGUCAUCGAUACGACUAUCCACGAGUACUCCGUCAAACUCCCAGAAGGUGAAACCAUUACCCAUGAACAAAACGUCCAAGCUGCAUUUGAGUACUAUAUCCAUAAGACAUAUUUGAAAACUGCUGCUCUAUUGUCAAAGUCUUGUCGUUCUGCUGCCAUCCUCAGUGGUGCCAGGGAUGACGUUAUCGAGAAUUGUUACCAGUUUGGUCGUAACGUUGGUCUCUGUUUCCAGAUGAUUGACGACGUCUUGGACUACACGCAAACUUCUCAGCAGUUGGGUAAACCUGGUAUGGCAGACUUGAAGCUGGGAUUGGCCACUGCACCAAUCCUCUUUGCCUGGAAGGAGAACCCAGAAUUGGGUAAACUCAUCUCCAGAAAGUUCAAGAACCCAGGAGACGUUGAGUACGCAGUGGAACAAGUCCACAAGUACAAAGGUCUAGAAAAGACCAAAGAGUUGGCUGAUCACCAUUGUCAAUUGGCCUUGAACAACUUGAGAAGUGCUCUACCUGAGAGUGACUCCAGAAGCGCACUUGAAUUCCUAACAAAUGCCAUUGUUACAAGAUCGAAAUGA